CCCCUCUCCUUAUCUGCACCGCGUGUGGGGAAAUUGUCGCAUCGGGCAACGCCGAUAAGAUAGACAACUCCACAGCGCAUACGAUACGACAGGAUCGCCGAAUGAAUCCUUCGAGAGAAGCGGAGAAAUGUCCGAGAUAGGACCGUGGAGUAUAUCUAUUACCAAUGAUAGACACAUUUUGCCCCGCCUCGUCAUACGCAUGUUGUCACUUUAACACAUACCCGCCAUGUCUCGCACCGUCCGUGUCGCCGCCGCCCAGAUGGGCACGACCAACGUCUGGGAUGCCCGACCUGAUACCCUAAAUCGCAUGAUCGCGCUGCUGAACAAUGCCGCGGAUGGAGGUGCACAACUCGUCGUUUUCCCGGAGACAGCAUUCACCACGUUUUUCCCACGGUAUAUAAUCCUGGACGAAAACGAGCUGGAAACAUGGUUUGAGCACGGCGACAUUCGCACCGCCCCCAACACGAAAGCACUGUUCGAUACCGCGCAGAGCCGGUCUGUGGAUAUAGUUGUAGGGUUCGCGGAAACGACCGACGCAGGUGAUCACUACAACACCUGCAUAUACUACCAUGCCGCCACGGGGUCCAUCCUGUCUAAGUACCGCAAGAUCCACCUCCCAGGCGAUAAGGAGCCAUUCCCUGACCCCGAGGCCGUGAACCAGCUCGAAAAGCGAUACUUCCUGCCGGGAAACCUGGGAUGGCAGGCGUUUCGCGUGCCCGGUCUGGUCGAUCCUGCAGGACAGAGCGACCCCAUCAUGGGGAUGAUGAUCUGCAACGACCGACGCUGGGCGGAGUCGUGGCGGGUUCUCGGACUGCAGGGAGUGGAAAUUGUUCUGGUUGGGUACAACACGACCAGCUUUGCGCCGUCGCUGUGGGGCGUGGCAGCGGAUAUUGAUCCCAAAGAGGCAGAGGAGAUAUCCCUGUUCCAGCACAAGCUGGUCAUGCAGUGCUACAGCUACACCAAUUCCUGUUUCUCCGUGUCUGCCGCGCGAGCUGGUCUAGACGAUGGGAAGUACCCGCUGAUCGGGGGAUCGACUAUCAUCGAUCCAGAGGGGCGUUUGCUAGCUGAAAGCAAGACCACAGAGGAUGAGGUCAUCAUAGCCGACUGCGAUCUAUUGCUCUGCCGGCCAGGAAAGACCAGGACGUUCGACUUCGCGCGCCACCGCCGCGUCGAGCACUACGGACGGAUCGUCCAGCAGACGGGCGUGAUUGAACCACCUCAGGAGACAGCCGUGGGGCCCUGCGUUGAGACUCAUGCGGCACAACGCCCCUUCGGUCGCUAUCGCAUUCUCCUCAUCAACCCUAACUCUUCCAAGUUCAUGACCGACAACUGUGUUGCGUCCGUACAGCCCACUCUCCCCCCCGACGUUGACGUCGUCGGCUUCACGGCACCCGAGCCAGCCCCAACCGCCGUGGAAGGUCACUCGGACGGGAUUCUCUCCGCGGCAGCAACACUCCGCGCGCUGCUGCCUAUUACAGAGAAUUACGAUGCGUUUGUCAUCGCAUGCUACAGCGAUCAUCCGCUCAUUUACGCACUGCGCGAGGAAGUUCGCGCCCCGGCCAUGGGAAUAAUGGAGGCCAGUCUCUUUGCCGCCCGAACAGUCGGGACUAGAUUCGGCGUAGUCGCCACGUCGGCACGGUCAGAGACGAUGCACGCGGACGCAGUCCGACGGUAUGGAUUAGACGCAUUCUGUGCGGGGAUCAAGAGCAGCGGACUAUCCGUGCUGGAACUGGACAGCGCAGAUGAGAAAGUAGUAGAGGAGGCCAUGUGUAGGACGGCUACGGAACUCGUUCAGCGUGGAGCGGAUACCAUCACGCUCGGCUGUGCCGGGAUGACAAAUUUGAAGGAAGCGGUGCAGGCUGCCGUUGGAGAAGACGUGCCUGUGAUUGAUGGUGUGGUGGCGGGCGUGCAUAAUGUUGUUGGAAUUCUGCGGAGUGGACUGUGUACGGCGAAGAGAGGAGGCUACUCUAGUGCGAAGGCGCAGAGAGUGGUGAGGGGUCAGGAUUUUCUUUGACUUCUUUUGAGGCAUAUUCUGUUUUCCUGCGGGUUGGCU